GGAAGAUUUUGUCCCUGCACGCGUGCCAAUCCUUCACCCAUCCGCUCAAGCUAUUCGCGCGCUGCUUCUGCUUCGUCACAAAAGGGUCACUCAAUACUGCAGUCAACAUGGUGUCUCCUCAAAUUACCAACCUGGCCAUCAUCGUGGUGGCCAUGCAGCUGGCCAAGAAGAUCCCUUUUGAUGACCCUGAUGUUCUUCUUAUCGUCCGUGGCAUGUAUGUCUUGUCCAACGUGCUUAUCUUGGGUAUCUAUCUCUACACGCAGUCCAAGAUCAAGAGCAAGAAGGAUAUGGCUACGUUGAAGUACGUGGAGCCCGCUCCUCUCGGUAGCAACGAGGAGCCCCGUCCGGUGACCACCACCAACAUGGAGUACGACCAGGGGCAGUUGCGCCAGCUGUUCAAGGGACAACUGAUGGGUGUCGGUAUGAUGUGUGUGAUGCACUUGUACUUCAAGUACACCAACCCUCUCCUGAUCCAGUCGAUCAUUCCCCUCAAGAGUGCUCUGGAAUCGAAUCUGGUCAAGAUCCACGUCUUUGGAAAGCCCGCUACUGGUGACCUCGCGCGCCCCUUCAAGGCUGCCAACAGCUUCUUGAACCAAGGUCAGAUCAAAAGUGACAAGGCUUCCGUUGAGAACGCGGAGAAGAACUGGAGGGGUGGUGUCAAGGAAGAGUAGACAGUUGGUUGUUGUGGACAGCAUGCUAGAGUACCUAGUACACGGCUUUGCUCCUUCUGUAUUCUAUAGAUGCGAUGUAAAUUGAGUGGGAGCAGGACCAAAUUGGAAUCCUUUUGCCUUGCUGAGAUAAUGUUGUUGGUACUUUUCUCGAGGAAAAUAUUAGACAUGCAUCUAGUCGAUCUUUGUGAUUGUAUACCGUUUUCUUCAUAGGUUGAUAGAGAAUGGCCCGCAACAAGGCUUGAGAUACCCGCAUGUGCGGUUUCU